GGGGUUGCACGUCGUGCAACGGCAGGGAGAGUUCUGAUGGUCUCUCAUGAAAGCAGCAAACGACAAAAUGCAAUGCAGGCACGAGUCUGCUUUUCAAGCAUGUAUUGUCUGGCAAAGCUGAUUGAGGUGCACGUAUUGAUGGAUGCGACCAGUGUGUGUGGGUAUUCUCAUGCGCGGGGAGAAUUGUGACUGGGGGCCUCGGAAUUGCAUGCAUGCGCCCCCGUCUUGCCCGUCUGACAGAAAUGACAGAGCCAGGUGGGAGAAGCUGCGCCGCGAGAGAUGAGCUGGGCAUUGGAGAGGCAACAGUUGGACAGCGGCCCCUGGAGAAGCGCGACAUCUAUCGUCAGCGCCUCUUCGGGGCAGGUUAUGAGGAGCAGCAGGCGCGUGAGGAGGCCGUCGUUGCCGCCAUUCGCAUGCGGGUACGCGGCAAUGAGGAAGGCGUUCUGCAGUCACUGUGGCCGUUGCCUUUUUGUUGUGUCUGCUGCAGUCACGAAAGCGCUCGACUCUUUUGGACGCCUUCCUGUUCGCUUUCUUUAUUUCUGUGGCUCUCGCGUUCAUCCUCUUCCAUGUCAGCCGAUUCAAUCAACGUAAGAUGCUUCAAUCCAUGCGUCCUUGUUGCAGGUCCAGAUCUCGUCUUCCUUCCACGUGAAUACUGCCGUCAAGAAGGCCUUGCAGGAGCACGUGUUCUUCGAGCAGUACGCCGGCGGUUCUCGCGUCUUUCGCUUUGGCGAUGUGACGAAUCUGGACCGCAUCAAGCUGUGGCUCAAGGAGGCGCUAUUCGAUGCCAUUACCCCAAGCAUUUUCGACGUAAGCGAGAUUGUGGGGCCAAUACGGCUCAGCCAUCGCCGGAUGAUGCUCAUGAACAAUGGAAUCGAUCGCUUCUCGUCCUUCUACCCAGAGGUUGGUCCCGGUUUCGACAUUGCCCGUGGUAUGCUUGUGGCUCUUCAGGUGUGGCGCUUUGAUUCGUUGGAUGCUUCCAGCUCAUCUGAGUUCGACGAGACACAGCCCUACUCAGCCAAUGGCAGUCUGCCAUUCAUCUAUCAGAAGACGGGAGGCUAUCUCGAUGCGGGGGGCUACGUGCAGGUCAUCCACACGACACCCCGCACCGGCGACACCCGCACGGCCCAGGUACUAAGCACUCGCCCUGAAUUGUCAGCAGGCCAAUUCUUCAGACCGUGUCUCUCUUGGGCAGGAGCAGAUGGUUGACUUGUUUGACAAUCGAGGGUUCCUGGACCGCCAGACUGCUCUGCUGACCGUCGACUUCAUUGUUCACAAUCCCAAUUACGAUGUCUGGUGCUGGACGAGGUAUCAAUGUUGGAAAGGAAGGAGCGACGUGUGUGUUGAAUCUCUCGUGGGUGCAGGACACUCUUCAAGGUGUAUUCUGCUGGGUCUAUAGAGUCAAGCAUUCGGACCGAUUCACUCCGCUUUGAGGAAGCGGGGCUCGCCACGUUUGUGCUGCAAACACUGUAUGUCACCCUGGCCGUCUGGUACCUCGGUAGAACUGCGAGGAGAGGGGCAAGAAGAGAGCAGCCAAGCCGACAUCAUUCUUGUGUGUGCACGCACUGUUGGAAGUAGUGGCGCUGUCUCGUCUUGGUGUUACGGUGUAUUUUCGAGAGUACUGGAACUGUGUCAAUCUUCUUGGGGCAUCGCUGGCUCUGCUGACCUUCUGCAUGUCCUUGGCGCCCCAGUUGAUGGACAAAUCCAUCUUCACAUUCAGCUAUGGUCGCUACAUCGACAGCCAAGGAAUGCUCAAGGUCGGUGGGAAGAAGCACGCCAAUGUCGAUGUCCCCUGUACCGUCGUGGGCCUCUGUUUGCCUGCAGGAAGAAGCCCUCAUUGAGGCAUUUCAGGAUCGAGUAUUCUGGUAUCGCAAUUUUGUGCGAUCCGCCUGCAUUGCUGUACUUUUCAACUUCGUCCGGAUGCUCAAAUACUUGGCCGACGUGGCUCCGCGCGUGACUGUACUAUCGAACACCCUCAGCAAGGCUGCCAGCCCGAUCCUGCUCUUCCUCGUGAUCGUGGCCAUUCUCUUCGUCGGUAUGUGCAGCAGGGCAUUUUCGCCGAGUUCGCGAGCAUUUGGUUUGGUUUGAUCAGGUUUCGUGAACAUGUCAAACACAAUUUUUGGCAGCUUCGCUGAGCCCUUCAAUUCGAUCCCCAAAACCAUCAUCACCUGCGUGUCAAUGCUAUUUGGACAGGUGACAGUAUGCGCGAGCCACGACCCGACAAAAUACAAACGCAUCUGUGAUUCAUUGAUGGGCGUCCUAAUGGCAGGUUGAUGCGUUUGACGAGAUAUCGAAGUACGAGUGGGGCAUGAGUGUGUUCUUCUUUGUUCCCUACAUGCUGCUCUUCUUCUUCGUCAUCGUCAACAUGUUCCUGGCAAUUCUCAACUCAUCUUACGCACAAGUACACAUGACGGAGACAUGCGACAUCGGUCGACGAAUUACCAUUGCUUCUCAUGGCGUCCACCUGUACCUAUCUCAAGCGUCAGACGAGCUCGUGCACACUCUCGAGGAGAGGCGGAAGGAGCAGAAAAAGGCUCAGGACGAUCGGCGGAAAUUUUGGGAGAGAAUAAGUGCGUAUUUCCGACCAUUGUACAAACGUGGGCUGAGACUGCCAUGUGAGACACAGGUAAGAUGCUCUUGUCUGCUUGUCAGGAUGCAUGAGGCUGAUGCCGCGUCGCAAGUCUGCGCCAGCUGCUGAGGAAGAAGCGGAGGCAACAACCAAGAAGCCAGAGCUUAUGAAACGAAAGCAAUCCAGGCUGUGGAAUGCUCAGACAAAGGCAAAAGGCAAUGAAUUCGUUUUCACCGACAGGGAAGACGACGGGGCGCAGGCAAAGGUACAGAUAAGCGUGCGGACAAACCUUCUGAUGAGAAGCCUCACACACAUGACCCGCUUGUCAUGUCUGUCUGUGUGUCAGAUUCUGUACGUAGUCUUCUCUGCUGUGUAUAUCACUAUGGUGGCGCUCCAGCUGGAUGUCGCCAAGAGUUAUGCUGUCAAGGAGUCUGUUGUGGCUGCACUGACCAAGCCAUCGUACGAGGGACAUGACGCAACCCUGAGCUUCGACACCAUCCACGAAAGUCGACACGUGGCAGAAUGGCUGGCGGUCAGAAGACCGAAACCGCACAUGAACUGAAAUGACACAGCUGAAAUUUUGCCUUUUCCUCCUCAGUUUGUCGUGCCCCAGGGCCUCUACAACACCACAUUUCCCAAACAAUAUGACGUCCUCUUCCCACAGCUUCCGCUCGAUAAGAACAACACGCCGUACCGCCCCAUCGUCCUCAACAACUGGAACGCCCUUAUCGGCCCGCUGCCAAUACGGCUGACACAGCGAGUCUUCAAAAUGAAGCCACAUCGACCCUACAGUGGUGGAGCCGAGACAGUCAAGCGGCCAACAGACGCCUUGGUCAGCGCCUCAAGAACGAAAGGCCGUCAGUCUUUGUGUGAGUCGUGUCUUCCGAAACGAUCUGUGCAGAUCCGCCCUGACUCCGGCUUUCCUGAGAACAAGCAGGCCCAGGCGCUGCUGGACCUUGGCUGCACAUAUAAUAGUGUCGCGUUCGCCAAUGCCGGUGGCUUUGAGUGUUUUGUCCCCUCGGACAACGUGACAGGUCGGGCUUUUCUGAGCAGUCUGGCCACCAAUUUCACGAGAAUAGACACAGCCAGCAUUGUGGGCUGAGAAAAAAGAUAAGACUACCUCCCAAGGACACUUCUUUGGCUAACGUGUGCAUUGCGCCAGGUGAUGGAUUUCGUCGCGUACAACGGCAAUGCUGGCACCUUUCUCUAUGUCGUUGUCGAGUUUCUCUUCCAGGCAAGUCGCCAGAGGUACAUGCGCCGACAUUUCUGAAUGACGCCCUUCCUUUCCGCAGCCGAGUGGUCUGGUUGAUACAAGCAUCUCCACCCAGAGCCUCCGACUGGAGCUAUACAAGUUCUACACUGUCAAUAUCAUCAGGAUGCUCAUCGAGGUCAUCUUAGAGACAUGAUUACGAGGCAUCAUCGUUGGCAGCAUGCCGGCCUCUGUUGUCAUUGUGACGCAUGCAUGCAGGUGACGUAUCUCUGUUUCGUCCUUUAUUAUUUGAUCCAAGAGGUCACGGAGAUCCGUCGGGAGUUUCUCGACCGCGCCAAGCAGUAAGAGCUGACUGAUGUCACAGAACAUGUGGAUGUUGUGCAACUCAGGCCAGAAGGCGAGCGUCCGACGGUCUUGCAGACCCUGUUCCUCCAUUUCAGUGACGUGUACAACGUGAUGGACACGGUGUCGCUUGUCUUCUCCUUCAUCACAAUUGUCUCGUGGUGCCAGGUAAACGAGACGCACGCACACCCACGCAAUCCCACAGCAGCGAAGCAUGUUGUCUGUCUGUCUGUCUGUCUGUCCUCAGUUUGCCUUCUCCGAGCUGUCGAUGUCGUUUGUGCUUCCUUCGACAAUGGACACGCGCACAGUGCUGACCGAGUUUGCCAAUGCGGCAAGGGAGCUGCGUGACUUCAUCCGCUUCUCGUCGAUCAAUGUGAUCAUCAUCUUUUUCCGCAUCCUCAAGUUCUUCAAGACGAACCGCCGUAUGUCCAUCCUGACAGUGACGCUCAGGCGGGCGAUGGCCGACAUCGUCUGGUUUGUCGUCAUGCUCAUUUGCAUCCUCGGCGGAUUUGUGCUCAUGGGCUAUCUUGCAUUCGGUGACAAUCACGAGGUCGGUAAGCAUAAUGUGGAGGCAGACACAGUCAAGCGGCUGCCGAUGAUGCCUCUGUCUGUCUUCGUCUUCGCCAGGGUUUUCACUCCUACUUCGGCGCGAUCCGUGUGUGCUUCGAAAUGGUCAUCGGAUACUUUGACUUCCACGUGAGCAAAGUCAACAGCAGAAUCUCACCGGUGGAUGUAUGAUUUGUUUCGUUCAGGCCCUGAACGAGGCGGACCCUAUCAUCGCCCCCAUAUUCUUCUUCCCAUACAUGGUACAUUUCGCAGUCGACGCCCAUUCAAAUUGAUUCAAGUUGGCUCACGUGGUCUUGGUCUGCAGGUUCUCUUCUACUUCGUCUUUGUUAACAUCUUUCUCGCAAUCAUCGACAAGUCCUUCGAGCAAUGCGUGGUAAAUAGACAGACAGACAGACAGACAGGCAGACAGACGGGUACAAACUUGCAGAUGGGAAAGGCACAUUCUCAUCUGUUUGGUAGACUGAGGCGGAAGAAGCUGAAAAGAGCGAGACAAGGCCAAAGAAAAGCUUCAAGCAACGCCUUAUGGACCUGAUCGAUGCACUCAAUUGCGCAAAGGCAUUCCGGAAAGUGAGUUUUAGACGGAGAGUGCCCGUGCCGUCGGAAGUACGCGCCUCGUUCAUGUCUCUCUCAGAUGAUGAAGAAAAGCAAGGCUGGACAAGAGCUCCCCAAGACAGAAGAAGAGGAGGCAAAGCCCACUGAUGCCUCACUCGGCCAACGGAGGAGCAGCCUGAAGUUCGAGGGCAACAGUCUUCCCAAGUCGCCCGGCAAGAAGGCGGAUGAAGGCGCAACGCUUCUGCCCGACACAGUGGCUUGCGACAGCGAAUUAUACUGGCCACCCAGCGAAGGAGGAGAGGAAGGCGCACCACUUGGCAGCGGCAGACUAAUAGGGCUUGCCGCCGAAGCGCGGCCAUUGGCCGAGGAGGGUGAGGCUGGAGAAGAAGAAGAGAGCGAGGGUAGCGAAGCCGCCGGCGAUGUGGAGGGCGGACAGAAAAAGCGGAAGCUGUUUGUGAGGAUGGCAGACAUCAGUGACCAACAGUGGGACUCGCUUCCUCAAGAUCUCAAAAACUGGGCCCUUCAGGAGGCUUCAAACUUCAUCGAUCGAUUCAGAAAAUUCGUAAGUGACGGCUGGCUGUCCCCUCUGCUGAAUUACGCGAGACGUAGGGCUCGGUGUCUCUAUCUGAUGCAGGACGUGCAACGAAGGACGGCGGAGAGCAGGGAGAAGUACUUGCUCCAUAUGCAGGAAGAGCUGACCAGUGAGCUCAAACAUUUAGAGAGCGAGAUAGCGCACGCAGAGUCCAAACUACGCCAACAGACGAGUCUUUAUGAAGUGAGACAUGCACACAACACACUCGCAUUCCAUCGUCCGUCACUGCCGCGUCCCUUCCUGCGUCAGGAGAAGGCCCACAAGGAGCAGGAGUCGCUCUCGAGGUACAUACUUUUCCUUGAGAAGGCCCUUGAGGAGGAGCGGCACAAACGAGACAGCCUCAAGGCCAGAUACGAUGAUCUGACCAAAAAGGCAGGUGGACUCGGCAACGACGAAGAUGAGGAAGACCGACUGGAAUAG